AGAGAGAGGGAGAGAGAGAAAGAGAGAGAGUGCAGAAAAAAAGUUACUGCAACAGAGGUGAUGGACUUAGUCCAGUAAGACUGACAGGGAACACACAAACUCCUCCUGAGGCUGAGAAGAACAUGCUGGUGGACUUUCACAGCUCCCCAAACCCCAAAAUCACAGAAGAACCAACAUCUACAACCCAUAACAGAGAUUUCUUCUGAUUUUCUGAGGUCUUCAAAGCCCACCUCUCUCACUCUUCAACAACACUUGAGAGAUUUUAACCUGGAAUAUAUAUUUUUCCAAGUUACAACCUAAGGACUUGUGUUAUUUAAUGAAAAACUCUGAAGGAUUUGCACUUUAUUUGAUGCAUUCAUUUCAUUCCCUUGAGAGGAGGACUUGUCAGAGUUCUUGAGAAAAGAGUCAUCACAAAGACAGUGGUGUUUAAUUGAAGACUGAAGACCUGACACCGAGGACAUACUAACAAAGAGAGACACUGGGGGAUUACGACAGACACAGAGAGAAUCAGAAAGUGGGAGAAGACAGAGGGAUACCCCACAGAGCAAUCUUUUGCAAGCUGUGAUGCUGAUUUCCACAGAGUCUCUUCACACGCUUUCUCCUAGACAUUGACGGAUUUCAAGAGGGUUCUGUGCAAUAGCCUGGGAUCAUCUGGUAAGGCUAAGGUGUGUGUGUGGUCAUGGAUGUUCCUUCACUAGUAUGUCUGGUGUUGCUUCUGGCAAGUGGAUGGUUUCCUGAAACGGAGGGCAGCCCUCAGGAGUUUGACAGCAGUGAUGAAGGUCCGGAAGUUGAAUUCCUGUCAACCACUCGCACACGAAGGGCCCCUGAGCCUCCUCCACAGGACAAGUGUUCCUACACCUUCAUCGUACCCCAGCAGAAGGUUACAGGAGCCAUCUGUGUGAACUCCAAGGAGCCUGAGGCAGUGCUGGAGAACCGUGUCAACAAACAGGAGCUGGAACUUCUCAACUCUGAACUGCACAAGCAGAAGAGACAAAUUGAGACUCUGCAGCAGCUUGUAGAAGUCGAUGGUGGCAUCGUCAAUGAGGUGAAGCUUCUGCGCAAGGAGUCCCGUAAUAUGAAUUCCCGAGUGACACAGCUAUACAUGCAGCUGCUGCAUGAGAUCAUCCGCAAAAGAGACAAUGCACUAGAGUUGUCGCAAUUGGAAAACAAGAUCCUCAACCAGACCUCUGAGAUGCUGCAGCUUACUAACCGCUAUAAAGACCUGGAGCAUAAGUAUCAGCACCUUGCAUCGCUGGCCAAUAACCAGUCAGCACUCAUUGCCCUUCUUGAAGCACAGUGUCAGAGGGGGCCACCGGUACCCAGGGUACCUGUACAGCCUCAGCCACAGCCUCAGCCUCAACCCCAACCCCACCCACAACCCAGACCCUCACCACCCCUUAAUAAGCCCUACCAGCCACCUACAUUUAACCGCAACAACCAGAUCACUAAUGAGAUCCAGAGUGAUCAGAACCUCAAAGUACCUCCUGCACCUCCACCCACCAUGCCAGGGGGAACUCACAGCCCUUCCACCACAAACAAACCCUCAGGUCCCUGGAAGGAUUGCCUGGAAGCUCUGGAGGAUGGUCACACUAACAGUGGGAUGCACCUGGUGAAGCCGGAUAACACCAAUAAGCUAAUGCAGGUGUGGUGCGACCAGAGACAGGACCCUGGCGGCUGGACGGUCAUCCAGAGGAGAAUGGAUGGCUCCGUCAACUUCUUUAGGAACUGGGAGACAUAUAAGCAAGGUUUUGGAAACAUUGAUGGAGAGUAUUGGCUGGGUCUGGAGAACAUAUACUGGAUAACCAACCAGGGGAACUAUAAACUGCUGGUGACGCUGGAGGACUGGUCUGGGCGCAAGACGUUUGCAGAGUACGCAAGUUUCCGUCUGGAGCCCGAAGCAGACUUCUACAGGCUCAGAGUGGGCCGUUAUCAUGGAAAUGCUGGUGACUCUCUAACCUGGCACAAUGGAAAACAGUUCACCACUCUGGACCGCGAUCAUGAUGUAUAUACAGGGAACUGUGCCCACUAUCAAAAGGGAGGCUGGUGGUAUAACGCCUGUGCUCACUCUAAUCUGAACGGCGUGUGGUACAGAGGAGGGCAUUACCGCAGUCGUUAUCAGGACGGUGUUUACUGGGCUGAAUUCAGAGGAGGUGCCUACUCUCUCAAGAAGGUUGUGAUGAUGAUUCGACCAAACCCCAACACCUUCCACUGAGCAGGACACACAAAUGAACUAAAAACUGGCUUAAAAAGUGCAAUUUGAUUAAACUGUGGUUUGAUUCACACAUACAUACUAGGAUGUGAUAUGUGGGGGAAAAAAUAAAUAAAUAAAUAAAUAAAUAAAUAAAAAAUAGUCUCUUGAUUAUUGUAAAGAACACCAAAUGAUCAGAGACUACAAAAGGAAGCUCUAUAUUUAAAGAAUUAGUUCAUUCAAAAAUGAAAAGAAUGUUAUUAAUAACUCCCCCUCGUGUCAUUUCAAAACCCUUGAGACAUUUGUUAAUCUUCAGAACAUAAGUUUGGAUAUUUUAGAUAAGAGUCAGGAACCUUUUUUGAGCAAAGAGCCAUUUCCAAUUUUUUGGCAAAUGCAUUUUUUAAAGAGCAAUUGGGGAUAUAUAUGACGCACCAUAUGUUAAGCAAGUCCAUUAAUUAAAAAAGGAAAAUUUAUAGAAUUUCUUUCUUUUCAUUACUCAUGAACAUUGUUUGAAUCUUAUGGCAAAAGGUUACCAUAGAAAUGUAAGUGGCAUUCCCUUCAUUGGUAGCGUGAUUCAGGUAAAUCCACAGUGCCGCAUUGGAUAAAACGUCCUUUUAUUCUUAUUCAUAUUUAUUUCUGCUGUAAAAAUAUACAAUAAAAAGGUCAUUUUUAGUUUAAGGAAACUGAUUUUUAGUGACAGUUUUAAUUUUUUAUUGAAGGGAGACAGCUGGAGAACCACAUUAUAUUGGUCAAAGAGCCACAUGUGGCUCCCGAGUCAUAGGUCCACUACCCCUGUUUUAGAUGAAAUUAUUUUCUGGAUUUUGAAAGUCUUGUUAUUGCCUAUGAAGAGUCAAAGAGCUUGCAUAUUUCAUCUAACAUAUCUCAAUUUGUUUUCUGAAUAUGAAUGAAGGUCUCUGGGUAUUAUAAAGACAUGAAGGCGAGUAAUUAAAAACAGAAAGUUCAUUCUUGAGUAACUACUCAUUUAAGUGCUAAUUGCUUCAACAGAAAAGAAAGGUCUGUUAUGUUUUUUGUUUUGUUUUGUUUUUACAAUUGACCAAAUGCAUGGAACACUCAUAUGCAAGCUGGAAAAAACCUUUGGUGAAAGGUUGAUGUGACCCUAUAUUCAAUGGCAUAAUGUUCCUUAAUAACCCUUAGCUUACAGUCAGUUAAUUAGACCUAAGCAUUCAUUUAGUUGUUCAAGCAUUAAAAAGAUGAAAAGACAUUUAAAUUUAAGCAGCAUAAGGGCUAAUUAAUCGAAAUCCACAGUAACCAUGCAUCUGGUCAAUUGCUCUAGGAAGCAGUUCAAAAAGAAAAAAUAUAUAAAUGGACAUGAUGUGUUUUUUUCUCUCUAGCACAGUAAUGUCAAAUGAUUUUGUUCAUCUUUAAUAUUCAGUGCAAUUGUGGAUCUGUUGCCUGUUGUUUUUGAGAUUUAUUUCAUCAAAUAGACCUGAAAAUAACUCUGAUUAGUAUGUAAAAUAAGACACAGGACAUGCAAUCCAGUGAUAAGUAGCUUAUGCUUUCCUAGUUUACUCAUACUGUAGCUAAGAGAAGAUGUACUUCCUGAUGAAAUGAAUGACUCCUAAUUUAUUUCAGGGAUAUCAUUUUUAAAAUUGGUAUAAAUCUUGUAGUUUUAAAGUAAACAUAAUUAAACUUGAAAACACUUCUUAAAACAGUCACUGAUUGCUCCAUCUAAACUGUAUUUACUGUGUAAAUUAGCUGUUGGUGUCAAAUGAGGAACCAACACACGUUUAUGUACAUAUAAAUGCAAUAUUGUUGAAAAUAAUGUGUCAUUUGUAAUAUACUGUAAGUGUAACAGAUUUCCCCAAGUACUGUCUAACUGUUGCAAUAAAAGAUGUACAGCUACA